GGAACAGAAGCGUACAAAAUGAACUGAACGAUAUAAUCAAUUUCGAAGUCAAGCUCGCUAAUAUCUCUCAUCAGUUGAGAAAGAAGGCCCAAUGUUAAUGCAUACGAAUUUUAUAACAUCCAGACACUUAUUGAUCAGAUGCCACAGGUGAGUUGGCUCCAUUACUUUAAGUCCAUACUCAAGAUUGAUGUCAAUGCAAGUGAACCCUUUAUUAUUAGUAACCUGAAUUUUCUCAAAGAGGUUAUCGGUUUGAUCAACCAGACGGAUAAAAGAGUACUGGCUAAUUACAUAAUGUGGAGACUUGUCCAUGAAUCACUGCCUCUAUUAGCCCCACGUUAUAGCAGUACGAAAAAGCUGAUGCCAUGGGAGAAAAUAAUCACUCCUCGUUGGAGAUAUUGCAUAUCUGUCCUUAAUGAAAGCUUGGGAAUGGCUCUCCGUUUCAGUUAUGUACGUCAUUACAUUGGAGACAAAACCUCUGCUUUUACUAAGGUACUAAAUUUGACGUCAUAUAUUCGUGACGCAUACAAAACUAUACUGCAGCAGCUUUCUCCUUAUAUCUACACAUCUACUAUGCAAGAAGCAAUAGGAAAGGCUGAUAGUGUAAGAUUUGACAUUUUAUAUAAGAAAGAACUUCUGAAUGAAACUUACGUCUCUCAAAUGUACGAAAACUUAUCUGUCAUCAACUUAAAUCACUUCGAAAAUGUACUGAGUAUUCGCAGGUGGUCAACCGAUAGAUAUUUGUCUCAGCUUCGGAGCUCUACGAAAAUUGAUGACUUGAAGCAACACGCAAUCUCGAUUCCCAUGGAACGCUUUUAUAAUUCUGAAAAAAAUGAAAUUGUUUUAAACGCCGAAUUAUUUCAAGCUCCAUUUUUCAGAUCGGAUGUACAAAAUUACCUGAAUUUCGGAGGCAUCGGUUCCAUGAUUGGUCGUGAGUUUGCACGUGCAUUCGAUAAGAGAGGGCGACAAGGCUGGUGGAGCGACAUAUCAGGCAGCGACAAUAUUGAAGACAGGGGUCAGUGUAUUAUACAGCAAUACAACGACUACAUAAUGAAUAGUACUGAGUAUAAUGAUGAUGCGGAGCUAAUUAUAAUCAAUGAGAGCGAGACACGAAAUAAUAUUCUAACUGAUAUUUAUGGUCUCAAAGCAGCCUACAUGGGUUAUAAUGAGUGGGUAAACGAGAACGGAAUGGAACAGCUAAAACCAUUCGCACUGGCCCAGUUUACGUCUAAACAAUUGUUCUGGAUACGCGCAGCGAACAUACUGUGUGAGAGUGCAACCGACCCACAUCCAACUGGAUCACGCUACCCACAGAAGUUUAGAGUAAUGGGACCACUAUUCAGCUUACCAGAAUUUGCCCAAGAUUUUAAUUGCUCACAAGGGGAAGUAAUGAAUCGAGGAGAAGACAUAUGUAUACCUAAUUAAUAACAAAACUAAAUAAACGAGUCAAAUAAUGUUUUACAUAUGCAUUAUAUAUAUAUAUAUUGUAUUAUUAUUAUUAUUAUAUUAUUAUUGGUAAACGCUUACUACAUGCAAAAUUUCUAAAUUGA